AUGUCAUCCGCCAUGAAACGUCUCUCCUCCCUCGCCGCCCACUUCGUAACGUCUUCCAGCUCUACCACGGUUGCAGAUAGUAGCAAGAUGACGGAAGAACACAAGCAUCAAUACCAUAUCCAUCAGCUGAGCCCGACGUUCUUUCUACCUCGGGCUGCUGCUAUUGAGCCUGACGCAAUUGCGACAUUCCACAAGACUGCCAACGGAAGCACGCUGAGGCGGACUUAUCAGCAGACAGCUGACCGCGCCAAAGGCUUAGCGUAUUAUCUGUUAAAACAUGGCUACAAGAGAGUGGGCAUUCUAUGCAGCAACACGCCGGCGUUCCUGGAGUCCAUAUACGGCAUUGGAGGGGCAGGAGCCGUCAAUGUCGGUACGCAGAAUCGCGAUUCGAGGGACUCGGUCACAACCAUCACUAACAUUGGGUUCAGCGAUCAACUACCGCCUAAAGAUGGACGAUAUCACAUACAUCUUCGAACACGCAGAAGUUGACAUGAUCAUUGUAGAUGCAGAAUUUCGAUCUUUGCUGGACGGAUUCCAUCAUAGUCAUCCCGCAAUCCCGUUCCUCGUGGACACUGACACCAACGGCAAUGAUGGACCUUUCGAUCUUGCAAUUUCGGAGGGACUCGAUUAUGACAAUCAAACGGGCGGGCAGGGCUGGACAGGACUCGAGACGGAAGUUCAGCACGAAGACAGCAUGGUUGCGCUAGCAUACACGUCUGGCACUACGGCGCGACCCAAGGGCGUAGAGUAUACCCACAGAUCUGCAUAUCUGGCAUCGCUUGGAAACGUCAUUGAGAGCAACUUGAAUGUGUCACAUCCGCAGGCCGAACGAUGCCACUACCUCUGGACUCUACCCAUGUUCCACGCAAUGGGAUGGACGUUCCCAUGGGCUGUGACUGCAGUGCGCGGUACGCACUACUGCCUUCGGAAGAUCGAUUACCCAUACAUUUGGAAACUACUCAAGGAGGAACACAUCAGCCAUUAUAACGCUGCGCCGACGGUGAACACGCUACUGCUUGCCGACUCAAACGCAGCGGUAUUGGAGCAUCCGGUCCGCGUCACUGUAGCUGCAAGCCCACCAACAGCGCACCUGUUUGAGAUGAUGGAGAAGCACAACCUCAAACCUGUCCAUGUGUACGGCUUGACGGAGACCUAUGGGCCUAUCACGAAAGGAUAUCAGCUUCCGGCUUGGAACGGGUUACCUAUCAAGGAUAAGUAUGCCAAAAUGGCAAGACAGGGCCACGGCUUCAUCACCUCACUGCCGGCGCGUGUCGUCAAGACGGACCAGGAUGAGUCUGGGAAAUGGGAAGCAGGGGACAAGAUCGAAGACGUCGCCAGAGACGGCAAGGAAAUCGGCGAGAUUGUGUUUAUUGGUAACAUUUGCGCCAAGGGCUACUACAAGGACCCGGCCGCGACAAGAAAGCUGUUCGCAGGCGGCGUUCAACAUUCUGGCGACCUCGCGGUCUGGCAUCCAGAUGGCGCCAUCCAGAUCCUGGAUCGCGCCAAGGACAUCAUCAUCUCUGGUGGAGAGAACAUCUCGUCGGUGGCGCUGGAGGGCAUGUUGGUGACGCACCCGGACAUCUUGGAAGCUGCUUGCGUCGCGGUGCAAGACGAGCAGUGGGGGGAAAGACCCAAGGCCUUCGUGACGGUGAAGGAGGGAAAGCGAGGCUCUACCACCGGCCAGGACGUGAUUCGGUGGGCGAAGGAGCAGAGCCAUAUCAGUCGCUUCAUGGUGCCAAGAGAGAUUGAAGUCUUGGAGGAGCUGCCGAAGACGAGCACGGGUAAAGUGAGGAAAAACGUGCUCCGGGAAUGGGCCAAGGGCGCGAAGAGGGAGACGGCGUGA